UGUCCUCUCAUUCUUCCAGGGCACUGCAGCUCCUCCUUCCACCUCUCUCGUCCGCCAGCCCUCCCUCCUCCUUUCGGUCUCUGUUAGGUGCAGCAUGUAUGCGAGCGUGAGCGAGGCAGCAGAACUGCCUGUGUGUUUACUUAUCAGCCUAUCAGUGCUGCUGGAUUUAGCGCAUCUGUAGAGGACGAAGGCAUUUUGCGGAUGCCCCAACUGACAAGGGAAUCUCAUUGCUCCGUACAGUGCAUCCACCUUGAGCUUUUUGAUCUGAGCCCGUCUUGUUUGCUGCAUCUCUGUCUCCAUGCUUUUGGAGGCAUUUUGAAUUUCCUUGGCAACAUGGAGCUGCUUGAAUUAGAAUUCUCUGCAUGACAGUCCUGGUUCGCAGUAGGAUGGUCUCUGCUGAGGCAGGGGGGCACAGCUACCUCGUGGCGUGCUGGCAGCCCAUCCUAGUCCUGAUGCUGGGAACCGUCCUCUCUGGCUCAACCACCGGCUGCCCUUCCCGAUGUGACUGCAAUGCCCAAGAGCGGUCAGUCGUGUGCCAUCGAAGACGAUUGUCUACUUUCCCCGAAGGCAUCCCCACUGAAACAAAGCUCCUUGAUCUGAGCAAGAAUCGUCUAAAACUUCUCGGGCCAGAGGAAUUUAUCAACUACCCGCAGCUAGAGGAGCUCCAGCUGAAUGAAAACAUCAUCUCGUCCAUUGAGUCCGGGGCUUUCAGCAAUCUCGUGAAUCUACGGCAUCUCGGGUUGCGCAACAACCAGCUGAAGCUCAUCCAGCUUGGGGUGUUCACAGGCCUCAAUAACCUUACCCAGCUGGAUAUUAGUGAGAACAAAAUUGUCAUUCUGCUGGACUACAUGUUCCAGGAGCUCUACAACUUGAGGGUACUGGAAGUCGGUGACAAUGACCUCGUUUUCAUCUCGCCACGAUCGUUUCAUGGCCUCAGCAAUCUUGAAACCCUCAACAUUGAGGGUUAUAAGCUGUCCUCAGUGCCCACUGAUGCCCUGAGCCAUCUGCACAACCUGCUGUCACUUCGAUUACGGUAUCUGAACAUCACUGCCAUUAGGGAUUACUCAUUUAAGCGGCUGUAUAGACUGCGAGUACUAGAAAUAUCAGAGAUGUCUUCCCUGGAUACCAUGACCCCAAAAUGCUUGUUUGGAGUCAACCUGACAUCUUUAGCAAUCACAAAUUGUAAUCUUUCUGCCAUUCCUUACCAAGCUAUCAGUCACCUACGAUAUUUGCGCUUUCUGAAUUUGUCUUUCAAUCCCAUUCUUACUGUUGAAGGGAACCAAUUUCACAAUCUACAAAAGCUCCAGGCUUUUCAUUUGGCUGGUGGCAGAUUAAUUGUCAUUGAGCCUUACUCUUUCCGAGGACUAAAUCAUCUGCACAUUCUCAAUGUUUCUAGUAAUAGAUUGAGCACCCUGGAGGAGUCUGUCUUCCACUCAGUGGGCAAUUUGGAAACCCUGGCUUUGCAUGACAACCCUUUGGCCUGCGACUGUCGCCUGCUUUGGGUUUUCCGUCGGCGGUGGAGGUUAAACUUUAAUAGACAGCAGCCCAUCUGUGCAUCACCCGGUGUGGUGCAAGGAAAGGAAUUCAAGGACUUCCCAGAUAUCCUACCUCCUGAUUAUUUCACCUGCCAGACAUCCAAGAUUGUGGAUGACAAGGUUCAAGAGAGCCAUGUGGAUGAAGGUACUACUGUCAGUUUUACUUGCCAAGCUGAGGGUGAGCCAGUCCCUGUCGUCAUGUGGCUGUCUCCUAAGAAAGAAUACAUCACCACCAAAACUGUGGGAUCAAGACUUUCCGUGUCUGAUGACGGCAGACUCGAGGUUCGAUAUGCCCAAAUCCAAGACAACGGGACCUACUUGUGUAUCGCAAGCAAUGCAGCAGGCAACGACACGAAAGUCGCUCAUCUUUUUGUACACAGCUACUCUCCUAAUUGGCCUCAUCAGCCAAACAAGACGUUUGCCUUCAUUUUCAACCAACCCAGCGACGAAAGUGCGAAUGUGACCCGGACCACAAUUCCGUUUCCGUUUGAUGUAAAGACCCUAAUCAUUGCAACCACAAUGGGGUUCAUCUCAUUCCUUGGCGUUGUACUCUUCUGUCUCGUAAUCCUGUUCCUCUGGAGCAGAGGGAAAGACAACACAGAGCCAAGUAUAGAGGUUGAAUAUGUGCCACGCAAAGAAGAAACCGAAGAGGCUAGUCCACCUGAGACACCCAUACAAUUCAACAUGAAAAUCAUGUGAACCAUAGAAGUACUAUAGACUUAUGAACUCCAGUUGUGAUACACACUAUCUUUGCUUCAGAUGUGUACUUAAGUGAUAGCAAUUACACAGUUGCAAAAGCAACUUGACUCUGUGUUUUUUUUUUUUUUUUUUUUUUUUUUUAGAAAAAGCCUUUAAAAGAAAUCAUUGUGUAACUCCAAACAUUGUACUGGCAAUAUUGUAGUAUGUUAACAUGCACAUAUAUUGGAUGCCUGAAUGUAACCAAAUUACGGUGGUUGACAAUAAUAAUAAACAUAAGUGAUACAAGCCUCCACACAAAUUAACCAAAUUAAGAAUAAUACGGAAGUGUGGAACUGCCAGUGUGGGGUCAACAUUUUUAACUGGUAAAUACGGUUUUUGGAUACGGCCUUUACUUAACUUUCUAACGCAUCGGUAUAAUUCAGGCCGGGGUUUUUUUUUUUCUUCUUUUUUGCUUGCACAUGUGCAAGUUAAUACUGUACCCCGAUGCAUAAUGGAGGGGGGGAGUUAUGCCAUUUUUUUGUAUUUAUCAGUCCAAAAUGUUUAUUCCACAUUGCCAACACUUCCGUCGAAAACAGUCUGAUUACUUUCAGGCAAAAUGUUAUGAAUGAUAGAGGAAAGAACUUCUCUCAGCACAAACUAAGCAAAAAUAGCUCUCAUUCAGAUUUAUAGAGCACAAUAUACCUAUUAAAACCCAUUGCUGUAUGCUUAGAUAUGCCUCCUGACCCAUCACAACACGUUGUAAUAAUAUAGAUGUAUUAUUUCAUGGGAGCGAAAAAAAGUAUAUUGCAUUUGUGUAUUCUUAUUUUGAAAUUAAGGCCAUGACAUUUUAAAGAAUGUGUUAAGUCUGUCAUCCUGUCAUCAUGUUAUGUGUGUAUUUGAGGAAACCCACACCUUAAUUUCAUGCUUUUAACAGGGACAUCUCACUCACAACUGUGCCCAUCAUGUGCAUUUGUUUAAUUGUAAUUUGUAUUAACUUUCGAACAGAUAACAAGCUCAAUGUUUUACUGUGACUUUGAAACACUGUGUCUAUUCAGUAAUGAAAAGUGUUACAAUUGUAAUGUUUUAAUGGUCAAUGAAGGUAAAUACUAUGGUCAUUUUCCUUAAUCUGGUUACAUUAUAUUAUAAUAAAUAGUGUGCAUGUUAACACACGAAGAACAGAAUGUCACGAUGUGAAAUGUGAUCUCUUCUGCCAACAGAGAAAAUCUAUCGGAUAUUUCGACAUGUUCUGCUAAAAUGUGUUUUGUUCUCCUUUCAUUUGCAAAUCUUUUAUUCUUUGUUUGCGAUGUUUUUCAUAGAUGGGACUGAAACAAAUUAUGUAACCUCAAGAGAAGAUUAUGUAUUCAAGAAAGACAUUUGCUGUACCCUUUUCAAAAGAGAAAGCAGGUGGGCUAUAUUGUUAACCGAGUACGUGAGUGUUGUUCAAAAAGCAGCAAAUGAAUCGUGCAGUGUGUAACCAAUUUGAAAAUAAUUAUCAUUUUGUGGUAUAAUUAUAUUGGGAGUAAUAGCUAUGUGUUUUUCAAAAAGCGAGUGAACCAUCCAUCCUUACAGUUGCUGUUAUUUUGAAAUGCAAAUGCACUGGGAAAACUACACAUAAAAUGAAGAAAAAUGUACAAUAUGUGUUAUUUCUUUGCAAGUACACUGUGUUCCAACAUAUUUUAUUACACAUCGGGUACGAACCUUGCAUCUCCAAAACCAUGAAAAAACGUCCGGGUCGUCAUUGUGAAUCAGAAAUGGUACUCAACUGACCAACAAAGUUUAAUAAAGGUUUAAAAAAGAAAAAAAGGGCAUGUUGAGCCAGUCAUGUUGCAUCGCUAAACUGUAAGCCAUUUUCAACACUUUAGAUAAUUUGUAAAAACUAGAGAUUGACCAAUGGUAUCGAUUUGUGAAAGAAAAAUGGCAAUUUACUAUAUUGUAUAUGCACAACGGAGGUUUCCAUUCUACAAUGAGGAGAGAAUAUAUGACUCAUGUUAAAUAAAAACAAUCUCGUUUUAGGUUCUGAGGAACUUUC